GUCAACUGUCAAUGUCAGUUGCUAUAACGGAAAGCAAAACAGCACAACGCAAUUUUAUAUUUAAUUUUACGUCUUUUCCAAACAUUCUUAAUAAUAAUGAACCAUUCUCGCAAUAAAAACUACAGCAAUUCGCCCGGAUUCGUGUAUUUCAACACGAGUUCCCCGAAAGACACGCAAGAUUUCAUCGCUUUCAGCGAUCGUUCAUCCAGCAAUUACGGCUACGGCCCCAAUUACAACAGGCAUUCCUCGAAUCACGAGAGCCCGAAUUUCUACGGUAGCCCUAGAUCUGGUAAGUUCAACCAAAGGAAUCCCCAUCGAUACUCAUCCGGUUACAACAGAAGGAGUUUCCACAGUCCCCACAACAGCUCGUGGGGAGACAAAAGAGGUCGAAAAUACUUCAACCCGAGACAGAGCUGCAACAAUGCUCCUAUGAUGAGCAGAGACGGUACAAGAGAUGUGUCGAUGUUUUACGAUCACACUAGUGUUAUGGAUCCUUGGGAGCACUUGGAAAAGGAAUUGGAAACCAGUGAAAGAUUAGAAAACGUAGAGUCCGUUGAAAUGUCAGAACCCGCGCAAAGUGAAGAAGUACCCGUAAAAACUGUCGAAGAGGACUCGAGCUCUAGUUCUAACGAUGAGAACAGCUCAGACAGCAGCAGUAGUGAUAAUAAGGAAGACAAAAGUGAAGAACAGGGGACUUCCUAGUUAGUGUAUGAGAUAUUUAAUAAAACUAGAAGGAUACGAGGAGUUGGAAUGG